ACCCCUAGGAAGAAGAGGAAGGCUUCUGCGUGUGGAGUUCCUCCUGCCUGAUACGAGCUGGGGAUGAAGACCCUGCCUGCCAUGCUUGGGACUCCAGGGUUAUUUAAGGAACUCUUAAUCCUCCACCUCGGCUUCUGGAGCAUCCUUUGUAAGCAACCUACUAACAGGAUGGGUGAAGAGUCCUGUCACGUACAGCUGAAUGUUAAGAGAUAUUCAAAAUACAGUGUCUCAACAGGAGAAUUACUUAAAAUCAAAUGUCCUGUGACAUACUGUGUUCAAAGACCUAAUGUGACUUGGUACAAGUACAGAGAAUCAACCUUUUUACCUCUUGAGCAUGAACCUCAUCUUCGAACUAGUUGGGAAGAGAAUCACCAGGUUUCAGUUUUCAUUCUCCAGUUUGAAUCAAUACGUCUCAGUGAUAAUGGAAUGUAUAGAUGUUCUGCAAACAGUAACUCUGAGUUUUUUAAUAGCCACACAAUAACCGUCCAUGUCAUAGAAAGGGCUCAGAACUAUUCAGAACACCCUCAAACAGUGUCUGAAGUCCCAGAUGCCACCAAUGCCUCGGGACCAUCCACCAUGGAAGAGAGGCCAGGCAGGAUGUGGCUGCUCUGCAUCUUGCUUCCUUUGGGAGCAUUGCCUCUGCUCCUCACCUGUUUCUGUGUGGUUUGCUUUCUGAAGAGGCUCCAAGGGAAAGAAAAGAAGCCUUCUGACUUAGCAGGAAGGGAAAUUAACCUGGUUGAUAUUCCAGUGAGUUCCAGUACAAAUCCCCAAGCACUGCCACCAGAAACUGGAGUUUAUGAUAAUGAUCGCUGGUCCAGUAUCCACGAGGAAUCUGAAUCCACAACUAAUUCCCAAUUGGAGAAAAACAAACAGGGCAUUGUUUAUGCUUCUCUGAACCAUUCUGUUAUUGGAAGAAACCCAAGAAGGGCAAGCAAUGUGCAUGAGGCACCCACAGAAUAUGCAUCCAUUUGUGUGAGAAGUUAAACCUGUCACUCACCUGGGAUGUUUGCACUGCGUGAGCACAUGCCAGCUUCAUUGUCUGGACCACCAUGGUCAAAUAACCUUCCACCUGGGAAUUUUCACAUUAACAUGAUUUGUGCUGGUCCAUGUCUUAAAGGUCCAUGAAAUAUUUAGUUUAAAUUUCUCCUAAAACUUUGGGAGAGUUUUGUACAAGAGCCUUGGACAACAGACUUUUCACUGGGGAAACUCAUAUUACAAAUAAUAGACUACUAGCAUACUUAAGAUUGACCAUGUUGUCCCCUAUGUGUGAAUUCAACAUUUCCUUUGACUUACAGGGAAGGAAGAGGUGUGUUGUUUGGAUCUGCUCACUAUACCUUCUAGAAAAUGAAUGUCCUAAAUUGACUAGCUAAUCAUAAAUACCGUAAUGAUUGUAUGUUCUCAGUCAUUCAUGGCAAGACAAUCUUUCAUGUAAAUCUAUACCAUACUUAAUAUUUAAUUUUUAAAUGUAAAGGAAAAUUAUCUUGGACUCAAUUCAUAAUUAAAAAAUUAGAAAGGGUAAUUGGUACAAUACAGAUACAGAAUAUGCCAAAUAGAUGUGG